AGCUCGGCGCCGGGGGUGUGCGCGGGGCGGGGUCGCCGCUCCCUCCCCGCCCGCGGCUCCGUCACGCGCCCCUCACCGGGCGGGCCGGGGUCUUUGUGACGCGGCGGCGACGGCCGCGCGGACACAAAGGGAAGGCUAGCCUGCGAGCGAGAGGCUGUGCCCGUCCCCGCCCCGCGCCCCCCCGCGCGCGCCCCAGCUCCGUGUCCCCCACGCGGCGCGCUCCCUGCCCUCGCGCGCCCGCGCCCCUCGCCCGCGCCGGGGGCCCCCCAGCGAGGCCGUCCGGAGCGCGGAGGGACGGGGCCUGGCGGGGAUGCUGCGGGGCUGCCCCGGGCGGCAGCGCGGCUGCUAGGAGGCGGCGCGGGGCCGGUGCGCCCGGCCUGCCGCUCCCUGCGCUCCCCCGCCGUGCGGCCGCGGCAGCAUGGGCGCCCAGGCGCCGCUCCGGUUACCGGCCGCGCCCCCGCUCGCCGUCUGCGGCUACACGUCGGUGCUUCUGCUCUUCGCCUUCUGCCUGCCCGAGAGCCGCGCGUCCAACCAGCCCGCGGGCGGUGGCGGGGACUGUCCCGGAGGCAGAGGCAAGAGCAUCAACUGCUCAGAAUUAAAUGUGAGAGAAUCUGAUAUCAGAGUGUGUGAUGAAUCAUCCUGUAAAUAUGGAGGUGUCUGCAAAGAAGAUGGAGAUGGUUUGAAAUGUGCAUGCCAAUUUCAGUGCCAUACAAAUUACAUUCCUGUCUGUGGAUCAAAUGGGGAUACUUACCAGAAUGAAUGUUUUCUCAGGAGGGCUGCUUGUAAGCACCAGAAAGAUAUAACAGUGGUGGCGCGUGGACCUUGCUACUCUGAUAAUGGCUCUGGAUCUGGAGAAGGAGAGGAGGAAGCCUCAGGAGCAGAGGUUCACAGGAAACAUUCCAAGUGUGGACCGUGCAAGUACAAAGCUGAGUGUGACGAGGAUGCAGAGAACGUUGGGUGUGUAUGUAAUAUAGACUGCAGCGGGUACAGUUUCAACCCCGUGUGCGCUUCCGAUGGGAGUUCCUAUAACAAUCCCUGUUUCGUUCGAGAAGCAUCUUGUAUAAAGCAAGAACAGAUCGACAUAAGACAUCUUGGCCGCUGCACAGACACAGAUGAUACAAAUUUAUUGGGAAAGAAAGACGAUGGGCUGCAGUAUCGACCAGAUGUGAAAGAUGCUGGUGAUCAAAGGGAAGAUGUUUAUAUUGGAAGCCACAUGCCUUGUCCUGAAAACCUCAAUGGGUACUGCAUCCACGGGAAGUGUGAAUUCAUCUAUUCUACUCAGAAGGCUUCUUGUAGAUGUGAAUCUGGUUACACUGGCCAGCACUGUGAAAAGACGGACUUUAGUAUUCUGUAUGUAGUUCCAAGUAGGCAGAAGCUCACUCAUGUUCUUAUCGCAGCCAUUAUUGGAGCUGUACAGAUCGCCAUUAUAGUAGCAAUUGUCAUGUGCAUAACAAGAAAAUGCCCCAAGAACAACAGAGGGCGUCGACAGAAGCAAAACCUGGGUCACUUUACUUCCGACACUUCCUCCAGGAUGGUUUGAGCUGCUGGCUUUUGUAUGCACACUGACCAUGUGAUGUACAUUGAUUAUGUCUUUUUUUAAAGAAUGGAAAUAUUUAUUUCAGAGGCCUUAUUUUUGGACAUUUUUAGUGUAGUACUGUUGGCUCGUAUUUAGAAUAUUUAGCUACAGCAGUUUUGGACUGUUUAGUAGUCUCGGUUUUAUGUUUUUAAAUACAGAAAUUGAUUUCAUGAAUUUGUACCACAUGGUAAUACUAGGAAUUGUUCUUUACCCAUGGAAUGUAAUAUUUUUGCAGAGAUGGAUGGACCCACAUCACAGUGGCUAUAAAGUCAAACUUCUUUCCCAGUGACCACAGCAAAUGGCAAAGCAUGAACUAAAAGUAAAGAUGUUUACAGAUUACUUUUCUUACAAAAAAAAAAUCUAGAAGACACUGUGUUUAAAUAGAUAUUUAAAUGUUUUUGAGAUUUAGUACCUGAUUUUUUUAGACACUGCCCCUACUGCAUGAGCUGCAAAGCUGUGUGUGUUAGAUGUAACAUAUUUAUAAGCUGUACGGACUGGAAUUGACAAUUUCUCUCUUUGAAGAUAUAAUUCUAAUAAUUUGAAAAGAUAUCUGAGAAUUAAUGAUUGAACAGAUCAUUGAAAAUAGAUUUAGAUAUUGUCAAGAUAGCCUGUUUAAUGAGCAGAUUGGAAUAAAACCUAUAUAUCAGUUAAACUACUUUAAUACACAUUCAUUUUUAAACAUAUUUGUUUUACUAUGAAUAUACAAAUUGUAUCAGUGUUUGUGAAUACAAUGCAGGAAUAAUUGCUAAUGAUUGGUGCUCUGAAAGUGAGCUUAAAAAUGACCUAAGACCUCUAAUUCAAAUUUGUCCUGUAGUAGCUCUAUUAAUAGAUUGUUGGUGUUUAAGGUCUAAAAUGUGAGUAGACUGUAUCGAUGUGUUUAACGUGUAGUUUAGCUAGUCAAAAUUACGCAUGUAGAAUUUAAAGACUAUGUUCAAACUUAAAUAUUGAUUUUAAUAAUUUGAUUUGGAAAAGCAUGUUAUAAUAUAAUGUUUUCACUAUAA